AUGUGGAUGAGACUCUCCUUUCUUCUGUUUACAUGUCUUUCCAGACUGGUUAUCGCAGAUUGGCAGCCUAAUGUCAAUGUGAUAAAAACAACCAAUACAUUUUGGAUUGAGCAGUUUGACGAUUCUAGCGUUUGUUUGAGAUUCGAGGGAACCAAGUUUUUGAGAUCGACUGACAAUGCAUUGACUUGGACCGAAAUUACUGAGCUUAAUAAUGUGGAUUUGAUGGAGGUAUCGAUUGAUAGGUUCAAUCCUGGAAACAGAGCUUUCGCUUGGAGUGCCGAUAUGUUGUACGUAACUGACGACCAGGGUGAAAAUUGGAGGUCCAUGAAGAUUCCCUGGGAUGAGAAAACUGGGGUUGACGAAAAUACGUCAACUUACUGCUCCGUGAACGGCCAUCCGCAGUCCGAUAACUACCUCCUUGUCUCAUGCACACAUCUUGAUAACGGUAAGGGCCAUCGAGAAAACUCCGGCAGGUUCUUUUUUUACUCCAAUGACGGCAAAUCGCUAUCGCAGAUGGUCCCCAAGUCGUCUCAACCUCUCAGCGAUGCAAAGAACUACUAUGAAUGUCAAUUUUUAAGACAAGAUGCGGAUUCUGAGCUAGGCGGUGAUCAUGACAUCAUUUGCUCCGAAGAGCGGCCUGGCGCCGAACAAAAUGACCCCGAACCGGAAACUUUGGUAUUCACCACGUCCGAUUUCGGCAAAACCAUGAAUUAUUUGGAGCAGUUCGAAAAUAUGAGGAUACUCCGUGUUUCGGUCGAGGGUAUUUACGCUGUUAUUGUGACCGCGGAAGAUCGGUUCAAUCCUGAGUCUCCGAUUCGCAUUUGGAUCUCAAAAGAUGGACAACUCUAUGAAGAGGCUAGUCUGCCUGCGCCAAUCAGGCAUGGGGUUUACUUUGAAUCCUUGGGCACCUCUAGAAACAAGCUGGUAGCUAUAUCUCAAAUGAUUGACGCGAACGACAAGAACCGAAAGCAGACAAGCGUCUUAAUAUCGGAUUCUACAGGUCUUAAAUUCAGUAGAAUACCUGAUCUCGAAUAUGGUGAAGUUGGCUUUUAUAUGUUCCAAUCUGUUGACAAGCUCAGAGGGACAGUGAUGUGCUCCUUCAUGGGUUCCGUCGGGCAUGGUCAUCACAUGCGCGCAGUGGUCAAUACCAAGAUAUCCAUGGAUAACGGCAAAACUUGGUCGAAUCUUCGGGUUGAUGACCCUGACAGCGAGUUUAAGUGCGAUCCCAGAGAUGUCGAAAAUUGCUCACUUAAUCUCUUUUGGAUGAAUGAAAGGGAUGGGAUGAAGGGACCUCCUUCAACGGCAGGCAUUUUAACAACAAUUGGAACAGUAGGAUCUCAGUUCGACAUUGAGUGGAAAAAUCACAAAACUUUUAUUUCACGGGAUGGUGGUUCCAGCUGGAGAAAAGUCUUUGAUUUCCCUACCCAAGUGGUUUUCGGAGAUUAUGGCAAUAUCGCGGUUGCUAUGCCUUUCACUCCGGAGGCUGAUGGGGAUGAAACGUCCGAGUUUUUCUUCUCCUUAGAUCAGGGCCGUACAUGGACGGAGCAUCCGCUUAAGGAGAAGAUGAAUGCUAUGGCUGCAUAUUCUACGACUUUUGACGGAUCUGGAACGAGUUUUGUGUUAGUGGGCGCAGAGUUAGAAAGUGGCCAAUCAGAUAUUAAGUCAGCAAUUUAUGUCAUUGAUUUUGCUGAAGCAUUCAAUUCCGCUAAAUGUACAGACAGCGAUUUGGAAGAAUGGUAUCUAAAUGAAGGAAAAUGCAUUGCAGGAGCCAAAAGGAAGAUCAUGAGAAGGAAAGCCGAUUCCUCAUGCCUCAUUCGUUCUCUUUACAAAGAUUUGGAAGAGGUGGAGGAAAUUUGUGAUUGUUCUGAGGAGGACUACGAAUGUGCACCCGAGUUCGUUUUAGGGGAAGAUGGGACAUGCAUUCCAGACCGGGAUCUUGUUGCUAAGACAGGCAAAUGUGUUCGCAAAUCGUCCGUUAAGUUGCCCCCUAUCGUUCUUUCGAGAGGCAACAAAUGCCGCAAUCCUUUGGAAAUUGAUCCCAUUGAAGUUGAUUGCGCAGACAAAUUAAGUCCUCUCAAUGCAAUCAGCGUAACUGCAAAUACCCUCGAUUGGAACCUGAGAUUUUACCAAUACUUUAACACCUUCGAUGACGAAACAAUCAUUCUUCUAUCCGACAAAAACGAUGUACACAUUUCACAUGAUAAUGGUGAGACAAUAAACAAGCUUGAGGUGGAUGACAAAUUUAUCGAAAUUGUUUUCAACAGCUAUAACAACAGAACAGCGUACCUAUUCGGUACAAGCGGGAAGCUAUACAUAACUCGUGAUAGGGCUAUCAGUUUUGACUAUGUUGAAUUACCGCAUGCGAGGCAGUUGGGAUUUCCCCUAUCAUUUCAUGCGAAAGAUGACGACUCGUUUAUCUAUUAUGGUGGCCAGGACUGUGACUCGAUAUUCAGUCCUGAUUGCCAUGCCGUUGCCUAUAUUACGCAUGAUGGCGGUAAGACUUUCGUGAAGUUGCUUGAAGGGGCAAUUCAAUGUGAUUUCGUGGGAUCCACAUACCAAAGUCCUCCUGAUCCGAAUAUGAUAAUGUGCCUCGUGAAGCAUAAAGGUCAACUUAAAAGGUCUAUAUUAACAAGUACUGACGAUUUCAAGACCGACACACGAGUGGUUUUUGACGAUGCCAUUGGCUACGUUUCUGUCGGAGAGUACACUGCUAUUGCUGUACCCCACAAUAAUCAGGAACUCCGGGCUUUUGUGACUCUUGAUGGCAAAGAAUAUGCGGAAGGUAAAUUCCCGGCAGACAUUGGAGUUGACAAGCAACAAGCAUACACCGUUUUGGGCUCCCAAACAGGCGCCAUUUUUUUCCAUUUAACCACGGAGAAUAGAAAUGGGCAACAAUUUGGUGUUCUUAUGAAGUCUAAUUCAAACGGAACAUCAUUCGUCACUCUAGAAAGAGCCGUCAACCGUGGACCACAAGGCUUUGUGGAUUUUGAGAAAUUAGAAGGCUUAGAGGGAAUCAUUCUUAUUAAUACCGUGAGCAACGCUGAUUCGAUAAGGAAUGGUAACAGAGAGGGUAAGAAGCUUAAAACCAAAAUAACUUUUAAUGAUGGCGGUGACUGGCAGUUCCUAAGACCGCCCGCAAAGGAUUCGCAGGGCAAAGCAUAUGCAUGCAAAGGCAAUUUGAAUGAGUGUUCUCUCAAUCUUCACGGAUACACGGAAAGAAAAGAUGUGCGUGAUACGUACUCCUCUGGUUCUGCCCUCGGCAUGAUGGUUGGCGUUGGAAGUGUUGGAAAAGAACUAGCACCUGUGAAAGAUUGUUCAACAUUCAUCACUCUGGAUGCAGGUAAUACUUGGCGAGAAGUCCGCAAAGGAUCCCAUCAUUGGGAGUAUGGUGACCAGGGAAGUAUCAUCGUGCUAGUCAAAGACGUUGAGAAGACUAAUUACAUUACGUAUUCCAUUGACUCAGGGAAAACAUGGAAUGACUUCGAGUUUUCAGAAAAAGAGGUUUCUGUUGAAGAUAUUGUAACUACUCCACAUGACUCAGUGAUGAGGUUUUUGAUUGUUGCUAAAUCAACCUCUGUGAUUGGCCAGAAAACCCAACUCUUUACGAUUGACUUCAGCCGCGUAUUCCCUCGUCAAUGCGUUCUAGAUUGGUCUCGGCCUGAAAAUGACGAUUACUCGGCUGUCAAACUUACGGAUUGCAUGUUUGGGCACCAAGCUGAGUACCUCAAGAAAAUCAGCGAUGACUGCUUUAUUGGGGCAGCUCCUCUUGAAAAAAGUUACAGAAUAGUUAAGAACUGUUCAUGUACUCGGGAUGAUUUUGAAUGUGACUACAAUUAUUACAAAGCAAGCGACGGGACAUGCAAACUUGUCGAGGGCUUAGAUCCCGCUGAACUUGAAGAAACUUGCAAAAAACAUCCUGAUCUUGUUGAAUUUUUCAAACCAACUGGUUAUAGGAAAGUUCCAUUAUCAACCUGUGUUGGUGGUUUAAAUCUCGACCAAGCAUCAGUGCCUCAACCUUGCCCUGGCAAAGAAAAAGAAUUCAGAGACCGUCACAAGGCCAGUAGGUCUUCAGUCGUGGUAAUUACAUUGCUUCCUCUUUUCGUAUUCCUUGCAGCUAUGUGGUUCAUUUAUGAUCGUGGGAUCAAGAGAAACGGCGGUUUUGCUCGCUUUGGCGAGAUACGAUUAGGUGACGAAGAACUGAUCUCAGAAACUCGUACUGACCGAGCAGUCAAUGCGAUUGUGGCUUUCGGAGUGACUGCCUAUUCUGCAAUGUCAGCAACUUUUUUGCUUGUCAAAAGAGGAAUUAGAAAUGCCUUUCUGCAUUCAAGGGCGAGAAUUCAAAGAUCAUCGAAUGGCCCUAGCUACUCUUCACUCACGCAUGACCAAUUUCUGGAUGAAGCGGAUGAAUUGCUAGCCGGACACGAUGACGAUGCUAAUGAUCUAGUUGCUUUCCCGGAUGACGAAACGAAUUUCGAAGUUGAUGAUCCUCCUCCACAGGAGUCGUUCUCCGACGUCGAGACGUCGAACUCUGUAGCUAGGGAAGAGAAUUAUGAUGAACACGCAUAA